CUAAAGGCACGACAGCGCAAAUGACGCAUGGAUAUGAUCGUUUGUCGUGUCGUGUUCAGAACAAAGGUAGUAUGAACCAGGGACAGUUUGGAGGCUAAAACUAUUCUUCCUCGAGUUUGAGAGAGAAAUCGAUAUUUUUGAGACAAUAAGUCGGGUUGAAAAUCGGUGAGCACGCCGUGUGUGACGUUUAGAUGCAGUAGCCACCAUUUUAUAUCAUCUUGCGCGCCGAUGGCCACGCGCGUUUAAAGAGAAUAAAUGGGACAAACGGGCGGCAAGCCGGUCACUCAAGUCAGGGUAAAACCUACAAAGAGUGGUGAGGAGCAGGAGGUGCCCGAUGACUUUGACGGGCCGCUGUCGGAGAGGAGCUGCCGGGAUGUCUUCUUCUUACUGCUGUUCCUGGCUUUCUGGGGCGGAAUGGGUUACGUGACGUACUUGGCGCUGGUUGGUGGGAACAUGUUCCGCCUGUUGUACGGGGUGGACAGUUGGGGGAACAUCUGUGGAGUUAAGAAUGACGUCAUCGGGAACGUGUCCCUCUCCGGUCAGGACAUGACGUCUAAACAGUUUCUGUUUUUCUACGACCUGACAGACGUGAGCGCCAUCUUCGCCACGUCUACGGAUACCGUCAGGCUCUGUGUGAAGAGCUGUCCGUCCGAGAACGUGACGAGCCUGGAGGCCAUACAGACCCUGGCGCACAACGGCACCACUGUCCUGUGCCGUUAUAACGUACCCACCACCAGUUACGUCGCUGACGGCGUUACCUGUCCCAUCGUUCCCGUACCACGAGCCUCCCCGUUCCUGAACCGCUGUGUGCCCGACAGCCUGACUAGUGGGGUGGACGGGGUGCUGAGCAGUGUGUCAGAUGCCUUCAGUGCCAACACGUGGAAGACUAUUCUCAAGGAUAUUGAACUUUCAUGGAAAGAUGUCCUCAUCCUUACAGCUAUCGGAUUUGGGUUCUCUCUCGUGAUGACGGCACUGAUGCGGUUUUUCGCGGCCUUCAUCAUCUACCUGACUAUCGUGGUGUUCAUCCUGGGUAGUCUGGGCGGGACCGGGUACCUCUGGUACCGCUGGCACUCCGAGAACACCGCCGAUCCUGUCGGACAGAACGUCCAGACUUUCCUCAUCGCUGCGAUCUGCGCCACGGUUGUCACAGUGCUCGUCCUUCUGCUGCUGCUCAUCAUGCGCAAGAGAAUCGGCCUGGUGGUGCAGCUGUUCCAAGAGGCAGGCAAGGCCGUAGCGCGCAUGCCGCUGUUACUCCUGCAGCCUGUGUGGACCACCAUUGCUACCAUAUUGUUCGGCGCAUAUUGGGUCGUCAUCUUCCUCUACAUCUACACCGCAGGGACCCCUGUUGUCCAGAGUAAUGGAUACGUCACAUUCCAAACUGAUUCCUUGCUGGAGAAACUGGUGUGGUAUCACGUGUUCGGUGGGCUGUGGAUGCUCCAGUUUCUGAUUGGCUGUCAGCACGUGACGAUCGCCGGCGCCGUGGCCACGUGGUUCUUCACCAGGAACAAGAAGAAAAUGCAGUCCCCAAUAAGCAAGUCCAUGGGGCGGUUGAUCAGAUAUCAUCUCGGCUCAGUCGCUUUCGGAGCCAUGAUCAUUGCACUUGUCCAGCUGGCCAGAAUCAUACUAGCUUACAUACAAAACAGACUUAAGGGGCGUGCAGGUGAAGUCGCGGACUUCUGCCUGAGGUGCCUGGCCUGUUGCCUCUGGUGUUUCGAGAAGGUCCUGAAGUUCAUCAACAGGAACGCCUACAUCAUGAUAGCCAUCUACGGGUAUAACUUCUGUAAGUCCGCCCAGCGUGCCUUCUCCGUCCUGGUCUCUAAUGCCCUGCGGGUCGCCGCCCUCAACUCUAUCGGGGACUUCUGUCUCUUCCUGGGGAAGGUUGCCGUGGUCGCCGCGACGGUCGUCGUCGGGAUCGAGCUACUUCAGAACCGUGCAGACCUGACGUACUACCCGGUACCCAUCGUACUGGGUGCCAUCUGUGCCUUUCUCAUUGCCCAUUGCUUCUUCACUGUGUAUGAGAUGGCGAUAGAUACGAUCUUCCUGUGCUUCUGUGAGGAUGAGGAGAGGAACGACGGUGUGACCAAACCGUACUACAGUAGUGUGGGGCUACGGGACUAUCUACAGAAACAGGAGAGGGCCAUCCGCGCCAAACAAAGCAAGAAACAACAAAAACAACAACAGCAACAACAGGGAUACGACAAUGAUGGAUAUGAAUAAAGACACAGGCUGCAUAAAAUUCCAAGAAAGCAAAUCUCCUGAUGUGAUCAUUCUUAUAACAACUACUCUAUUUCACGUUAUUAUAAACUGUUUAAUACUGUUAACAAAACUGCUGUAAAUACAUGCUGUACAUGCAAAUAGUUUUCCGAUUUUUAUGACAUUUUAGUGUGUAUGAACGUGUUCUUUGUGCAAUCAAAUAUUGGCUAUAUGGCUAACAAGUGCGAGAAUAUCUCUGUGUUUCUCGAUAAUGUGCCUAUGCUUAUUAUUCUUGUAUAAACACCGAUGAAGCCUUGACACCAGCGCCAGAGCUGAACAGUAUUUGUGACUACCGCUUUGUUUGUAAAUAGGUCCAGAGAUUUAAUGAAGAUUUGCACUCAAGAAAUAAAAUGCUGGCAUUUUCACAAAUUUCCAUGUAGAAAAUGUUUUAGAAUCACAGAGAUUCCAUGUAUAUAUUAUUAAUAUGUUUUAUGUGACGCGUUUCAGAAAUGUAGCUUCCCAUUACUCGUGUUUACAAUGAGCUAUCCAAUCCGAAUAAACACACGGCAAACAAGUGUCUUGUGAUGUCGUACCUCCGUGA